AGACACAGAUAUUUCUAUGACCGUGAUGUCAUGCUUUCAUUCUUUUUUUCUCUCUUUUUUUAGGUCACUGACUCUUGCCUAAGAUGCUUCAAUCAUUCCAUAGGAUCACAGCCUUAGGGCAAAUGUAUAUUGCAUCACAUCUACUGAGGAAAGUUUCACUGGGAGUGGUGAGAAAUCCUAUAUAAUCAGCCUCACUUGCACUUAGAUUUACACUUGGGUGAAGAGAGUGCCUGCUGUAAUAGCUGGGUUAAACGAGGUUUAAAUAGCAAUGGAGGAACUGAGUACAGCCAAUGGUGGUUUUGCCAUUGAUUUUUUCAAACAAGUGUGCAAGGCUCAAAGCAACAAAAACAUCCUAUUCUCACCAUGGAGUAUCUCGUCUAUUAUGGCCACACUGUACCUUGGAGCCAAAGGCCGUACUGCAGAGCAGAUAGCAGAGGUGCUUCACUUUAACAAAUCUGGGAGAAGUGAGGCUGCCCACGCUAUGAGACACCCACGAGGGUACUUCAAAAUGGAGCAGCUAUUGAAUAACCCCUGCAUCGCUAUUCGGAAGCCCCCUCCUGAAACAUCAAGCAACAUACAUUCAAGAUUCCUGGAACUUAGUCAAGAAAUCAACAAACCUACAAAGCAUUUUCUGCUUCGAAGUGUUAACCAGUUAUAUGGAGACAAAUCGGUGCCUCUCCAAAAAGAAUUCAUGUUGUCAAUGAAGAAAUACUAUAAUGCGGAGCCACAAACAGUGAACUUUCAAGAAGCCACGGAAGAAGUCAGAAAAGAGAUCAAUGCUUGGGUUGAACACCAGACAGAAGGUAAAAUACAGAAUCUGUUGGAUGAGGGGUCUAUCAAUUCGCUUACCGAGCUGAUCUUAGUAAAUGCACUGUACUUCAGAGGAAACUGGGCAAAGACAUUUAAGAAAAAAGACACAACAGAGCAGCCCUUCAGACUUAACAAGCAAACAAGUAAGCCGGUGAAGAUGAUGUUCCAGCACGAUAACUUCAAUUGGAACUACAUAAAAGAAGUGAAGACUCAGAUUCUUGAGCUCCAAUAUGUCAACAAUGAGCUCAGCAUGUUUAUACUCCUCCCUGAUGACAUCGCUGAUGACACCACUGGCCUGGAAAUGCUAGAAAAGAAAUUGACUUAUGAGGCCUUAUCCAAGUGGACCAGCCCAGAAGAAAUGGAAGAAAUUGAAGCAAAUGUGUAUCUUCCUAGGACCCAGUUAGAAGAUCACUAUGAGCUAAAGGCAGCUUUGACCAGCAUGGGGAUAACAGACGCCUUCACUGUAGGCCAAGCCAAUUUCACUGGAAUGUCUGAAAAAAGCAACCUGAUUUUGUCCCAUGUUUUCCACAAGUGCUUUGUUGACAUUAACGAAGAGGGCACAGAGGCGGCUGCUUCGACAGGCGCUACUAUAGAUGGACGAAGUACCGCGGGUGCAACUUUGUUUGCAGCUGACCACCCUUUCCUCUUUUUCAUCCGGCAUAAUGAAACCAAAAACAUCCUCUUCUGGGGCAGAUUCUGUGGCCCUUAAAGUAUUUCAGCUUUCUCUUAGCAAACAGGAAGGAUCUUGUGGCGGCAGGAAUGUGGCACAACAGAGGCACCGUUUCCCGAAGUUAUGUCUAAAUAUGGUGUUCUCGCCUGUCUUUCCUUUAUGCUUGCAUGGGGAGUGCGUGUGGCCACAGCUGACGUGCUCAGCAAGAAGUCAACUCACUCUCAAACCGUGCAUAAAAGAGUCUCUAGGGUACUUGUGUGUUUUUUUGCUGUGUCUCUUUCUAAAUUGCAUUGUUUGGUAUACACAAGGUCUUAAUGCAAUCCUUUUCAACAAUAGUCUUGCUGAUGGGAGAAAAAUAAAAACUAGUCCGUGGCUGUCAGUGGACCUGCACCCUAGUAAUUGUAUAUUUUUUAAAUUUUAUUUUAUUAAAUUUGGGUACCACCUUUCAUCUGAAGAUCUCAGGGCGGUUCAUAGCAUAAAAAUACAAGAUAAAAGAACACAAAGCAUAGGAGCCAACUCAUUGGGGCUGAGGGGUCUUCAGCCCCCCCCAUAAAAUAUUUGAGGGGGCUGCCCCCCAAGUUAAAGAGCAUUGCCAUUCAAAUGGAGUGCAUGUGAUUAUGUGGGGCAGGGCUUACCUGCCCCCAAUAUUUUAUUCAAGUUGGCACCCCUGACACAAGGUACAUAAAAACAAACAAACCAAUAACCCCCCUUUCCUAAAAACUCGGCUACAUUAAUAAAGAAACAACAAAUUGAAGCAGUUUAAUCUCACUGUAAACAAGUGGUACAGUGACAAUAAAGUAUCUCUAUUUCUAUUGAAUGUGCUAUAAACAUGCAACACCAGGUGGUGCCAGAGAGCAGGAAAUUUUUAUAUACGAUUUUCCAUAGGUUUUUCCCCCUUUUGUUAUCUAAGUAUCUCAUUUCUGACUUAUUUAUAGCAUUUCCCCACCUCCCCCGGUGUAGACCCACCCACGUUACAGGAUAUUAAUCUGCUAAACACCUGGUUGAAAAGGAAUGUUUUCACCUCACGCCUAAAGGUGUACAAUGCAGGUGCCAGGCAAUAUAUUUAUUGCAUUCAUGUAUAAAUGUUGCAUUAAAUACCAUAAAUGUGGGGUUGUAAUUUAUAUUGCACAUGACGAUCACUUGUUAUUUUUUUCCCAUGUUGCAAUGUGUGUGUGUACAUAUAGAGAAACAGAAUGUGUAAUAUAGCAAAUAAAAUUAA